AUGCCUUCCCUGGUCUCCACUCUUUUCCUCGCUGCUACUGCAGCCGCAGCCUUUGUGCAUCCGGGCGCACUUCAUACCACCAAGGACUUCCAACGCAUUACAAAGCAUGUCACUGAUGGCAGCGAGCCUUGGAAUACCACUUGGACUUUACUAACUUCGAGCUCGUAUGCUCAGUCAUCGUACAAGCCCAAUCCCCAGGCGGUUGUGUAUCGAGGGUACAAUGGAGUGAACUCCGAGAACUACCAAUAUCUGUACCGCGACGCAGCAGCUGCGUACCAACUCGCCGUACGCUGGAAGAUCACAAAUGACAAGAGUUAUGCCGACGCUUCUGUCAAUAUUCUGGACAGCUGGGCAGCGACAAUCACAGAAAUCAGCGGCACCAGUGAUAAAUUUCUGGCCUCCGGCUUAUACGGGUACCAGUUUGCCAACGCGGCGGAGCUCUUACGCAAUUAUUCUGGCUGGUCUAAAACCAAUCAGACUGCCACUGCCAACAUGUUGAACGACGUAUUUGCGACGAUGAACAACCUCUUUUUGGAGGAUCACAAUGGCCAGAACUAUUAUCACUAUUAUGCUAAUUGGGAUUUGUGCAAUAUCGCCUCGCUCAUCGCCAUCGGUAUUUUCACUGACAACAAAACCAUGUUCGACAAUGCUGUCACCUACUUCAAAACUGGGCCUUCUAACGGAGCUCUUCCUAUCUUUUCUAUUGCCAAUUAUACAGAGCCGGGCUCUGGGAAGAUUCUCAUGCAGGGUCAAGAGGCCGGUCGCGACCAGGGCCAUUCGACCUUAGACUUUACGCUCCUAGGCGUGGUCGCACAACAAGCAUAUAACCAGGGCGUUGAUUUGUUCGCUACUUACAAGAACGAGAUCCUGAAUGGUGCUGAAUACGUUGGAAAGUACAACGUCGGUUACGAUGUGCCCUACACUUUGUACGAAAGCUACCAGGGCAACCAAACUGUUAUCUCUAAUAGUUCUCGUGGGACUAUUCGCCCCGGGUUUGAGUUGCUGUCCGCCCAUUACGGCCAGCUCAAGGGACUCAAUUCCUCUUGGACUGACGCCUACCGUGACUGGGUCAAUACCAACUCUACCAGCGGCGUUGAGGGUGGUGGGGGAAACUACGGCCCCAAUUCGGGUGGAUUUGAUGGACUUGGCUUUGGUACUCUACUCUACCGUCUUUCCUGA